AUGAAUCUCACAAAUCUUGACCCUCUCACGGAGAACUAUAACGUCGACUUCUACAUGCACUACCUCACCAAAUGGCCUUCGCUUUUCACAGUGGCCGAAGACCAACACGGCAACAUCACAGGGUACAUGAUGGGCAAAGUCGAGGAAGACCCCGCGUGGAGACAAUUCACAGAACACUACCUACCAUGGCACGGUCACGUCACUGCGCUCACAGUUGCUCCACAACAUAGAAGAUCAGGCCUUGCUCAAAGCCUGACCAAGGCUUUAGAGCGUGGAUGCGAAGAGCAGAAGGCAUGGUUCGUAGAUCUUUUCGUCCGGGAAGGGAACAAGACGGCCGUUGGCUUGUACCAAGGUCUAGGAUAUAGCGUCUUUCGGCGCGUAGUAGACUAUUAUAACGACGAUCCCACCGGUCGAAAAGCGGGGGAGGAUGCGUUUGAUAUGCGGAAGCCCCUGAGCAGGGAUAAAAAGUUGAAACAUAUCAGGAAGAAGGGGGAGAAUUUUAGAGUGGAACCCGACGACCUGUAUCAUUGA